AUGAACGGGUCACGAGUAUUGUCGUUGGAUUCGGAACCAGUGCUGGCAGCACCUCGUCGAAAUAUUACAAGCGCGAAAGGGGAUGGAAGUGAUUUCAUAGCAUGGGUAGAAGCACAUGGCAGUCCUUCAGAAGCAGCGCCGGCCACCCCUCUUGUCGGGCCGCCUUCAACAGACGACACUGACUCAGUCAAAAGUUCGUAA